GCAAGAGCACGCUGCUCAAUGUCCUCUGCGGGGAGCUCCUACCGGUCCCAGGACCGGAUGGGCAGCCACCGGGUGAGGUGUACAAGCACCGGAAUCUGCGGCUGGCGUACAUCGCCCAGCAGCACAUGUUUCACCUUGCGGAGUUCAUGAACAGCACGCC